CGGUGUCUCAGAUGAGCAUCUACCUCAGCUUCGGCCUGAGAGAGAGAAAGCAGGACAGCAGGUCUCCAGGUGUGCGGGGCUGAACUGGGACCGCAAACCAUGGUGCAAUACAGGGCAUUGGUGAUAGCUCUGAUCCUGCUCCUUAGCACCACCGUUCCCGAAGUGCACUCAAAGUCCAUCUUUGAGAGAGACCGUCGUGACUGGUUGGUCAUCCCCGAUGCAAUUGCAGCUUACAUCUAUGAAACUGUGAACAAGAUGUCCCCUAGAGUUGGUCAGUUCUUGGCGGAUGCUGCCCAGACUCCAGUAGUUGUUGGGACCAGGACCUUCCUCAUCAGAGAAACGACCAAACUCAGUUUACUGGCUGAACAGCUGAUGGAAAAAAUAAAGAACCUGUGGUAUACAAAAGUGCUAGGCUACUAGUCAGAAGAAGACAAGUCAGUGUUUCCUGAUGUAAGUUGGUAGCAUCCUGCAGUGUCCUCUUCCCCCUGCCCCUUCUACGGACCCAGAUCAGUCAAUAACACAGAAUCGAUGCUCCUGUUAAUGCCACUAGAGGGAACCCAGCGUCAAAGACCCAAGGAUGGAAGAAACCUGCUGAAGUCUCCCCCGAAAAAAAAAGUAAUAAUAAUAAUAAAGCUGCUGGGCAUGGGGAAGGCAAUGAGAUUGCAGAGCUCUUCUGUAGCCAAAUCUUGAAAAUUAAUUCUUCCUGAAUGACUUGGCUAUUGACCCUCUAAUAAAAAAAUUCUUGUUGUUACACUU